AUGCCUAUAGGCAGAAAUCCCCGCUUUGGCGCACUUAGCAAACGACGGCUUCAGUCAGAUUCGUAUCUUGACUGCGCAAAAUCCAUCGGAGCCCUCAACGAUGAGACAUUUAAUGUUUGGUCACAUUUUAUUGGUGCACUCUUAUUUUCCGCCAGCGCGGUUCGUUUUACUCUCAGCUGUCCCAAUCCACUUCCCGGAGAUGCGAGAAUAAUUCUCCGCUAUCUUGUGGCAGCUACUUCGUGCUUUUCGUUCUCCACACUCUAUCACUUGUUCGCCAAUCACGCCCAAGCAAGCUUGUGGCAACGAAUCGACCACCUCGGAAUCGUCACCGUUAUUUGGGCCUCCUCUAUGUCGCUCAUAAUAUUUUCCUUCCGAUGCGAGUACGGGACACAACGAGCCUACGUAGCAAUAGUAACGGUGCUCGCUGUAUUAUCCCUAUUUCGCAUUUGGCGGAGCCAUCCAGCAGACCGAUGGGGUCGGAUUGCCACGCAUAUCGCAUUCGGAGGUUCCGCAACACUGCCCGCAGUUCACCUAUUGUAUCGGGAAACGUCAGAGAUAGAGUCUAGUCUCUUAAGAGCCUUUUAG